AUGGAAGACAUUGGAGCUGCAUUGGACAUGCUCACAAAAGCAAACCGCAAGGCAACGAACAAAUUUGCUUCCCUAGGCAAGAACAGACCUUAUGCACUCUCCGCAAAGUCUCCCUACACCAGCUGGGAUAGUCUCACUGACCAAAAUUACUACUCGCGCCAGCUUCCUCCUGCUGAUCAGGAAUGGGUUGAUAGCCUACCACCCUUGGAAGACGUCACAGAGCUGUUUCGCCAUGAUGGGCAACGCAAAGAGUCCAAACGAACCACCAUGCUGUUUGCCACGUUUGCUCAGUUUGCAGUCGAAAACUUGGUGUCAACCGGGGCCAAUUCAGAUGGGUCUCCCAAGUAUGACCACUACACUGGCACCAACCAAUGGGACAUGAUGUCUGUGUAUGGACGUACUAUUGCCCAGACCAAUGCCCUUCGUGCCAUGAACAACACACAAGGAUACAAAGGCAGGCUCAAAUCACAGAUCCUCCAUGGAGAAGAAUUCCCUCACUUUCUCCACCAGAGAGAUGGCACUGUAGAUCCUCAAUUCAUUCCCCUACUCCAAGAUGCCACUACGCGCUUUGCCAACAGUCCUUCCAGCCGUCGUUGCCAAGUUUUGCAGAACAUAGACAACAGCACCUUCUUUGCCAUGGGACACAUGGAUGCUAAUUUGCUGCCCAACAUUGUAUCAAUGAUUACCCUCUUUCUGCGAGAGCACAACCGCAUUGCUGGUACGCUGGAAGAGAUCAAUCCCAGUUGGGAUGAUGAGCGGGUUUUCCAGACUGCUCGAAACAUCAAUAUUGUCAUUGGGAUCAAAAUCGUCUUCCACGAGUACAUCAACCACAUUGCCAAAGUUCCCAUCUUUCAAUUGGAUAUUGGCCCCUGGAUUUGGAAUGCUACAUGGAAUCGUCCCAACUGGAUUGCUGCUGAGUUCUCCGUCCUUUAUCGCUUCCAUACCAUGGUACCAAGCACCAUUAACGUUGCUGGUGAGCAACUCUCCCUUAUGGAAUCAUUGGGACGGAACGACCUCUUUCAGGAUGGGACCCUCUCAUUGCGAGAAAUGUUUGAGGACCUCAGUGCUCAAAAGGCAAUGUCGAUGGAACUAUUCAAUACUGACUCAUUCCUAUUGGGCCGAGAAAAAGAGUCACUUCGAAUGUCUCGAGCCCUCAAGUUUGCAUCAUAUGCUGACUACGUCGAAUACAUGGACUAUCAACCCCGCCCAACAUCCUUUGAAGACAUCUCCUCUGAUCCCAAGGUUUUGGCCAAGUUGAAAGAUCUGUAUACCACCGUGGAUGAUGUGGAGUUCUAUGUGGGGCUGGUAGCUCAGGACCAUGAAGGAAAUGCUAUCUUUGGUGGUACCCUGCUAGCUGCAAUAGGAAAAGAUGCCAUGAGUACCAUCUUGGUCAACCCCCUGCUGAGUGAAAAUGUUUGGAAUGAAGAAACAUUCAGUGAGUAUGGCUGGCAAUUGAUUCAUGAAGACCAAUCACUUGCCAUUAUGUUAGACCGCAAUGCGGCAGAUGGUUGGUUUGGAGAAGGAGAAAGCUCUGCAGAUGAGAAACCAUACAUUGGAAUGGGAGCGAAUGCUCCUUUGCCGGACAUUGGAGAAGGUUCUGCCACGGUUGCAGAAAACCCUGUCGAAGAAGAACCACUUGCGUCAGCCAGCAGCACCACGUCUUGGUUAUUUGGCAUGACAGUGGUAUGCCUGUCAAGCCUCCUCUCCUACUAG